UCCUUGGACAUUCUACAUAUAAAUCGUGCCCUACAAUGCCUCAUUAACAGUAACUAAACUCACCUUCCUCCUUCGGUUUUACCGCAUCUUGCCAUCAGGAAAGAUGCGAAGGGUCGUCUUCGCAUCUUUCGUCGCCUUGUGGUCGAUAUCGCAGCUUCUCGUCAUUAUCCUCACAUGUUCACCGGUCCACAGAUUCUGGCUCCCAGAAACCCCAGGAACCUUCAUUUCUAACCUUCCCUUCUGGUACAUCCAGGGAGGAGUGUGACCGACGCCACCGUUUUCGUGCUGCCGCUCCCACCGCUGAGCCGUAUCAAGCUCCGCGAAGGUCAGAAGCUCGGUCUGAUAGGCGUGUUCUGCCUCGGCUUCGGUCGUGGGUCUCAAUGAAAAGUUAAAACUAUGUCUCCUCAAUCCCUGGUACCCUAACAAUGAGCUCUCUCCAGACAUGUGCCAUUUCGGUCAUCCGUAUCCAAUACUUCAAACUCAGCGCCGACGUCGCCUGGGAUAACGCGGCUUCCUCCUACUGGUCCAUUGGUCGGCUGUGCUCUGGCAUCGCUUGUGCCUGCCUGUGCCUCCCCACCCUCAGACCCCUUAUCGCGGAAAUCAGAUUCACCUUGUCACAUCAAUCGGCCGCGAAGCGCAGCCUGGUACCUCGGGACGGCGGCUCUCCAAACAGCAUUAGUCACUGCGACGCUGUGACGAACACUCUCAACAAAUCGUUUCACUGGGUGGAGCGAGAAGUUCAGAGCGCGGCCGCUCUCCUCGCGAUGCACUCCACGCGAUCUUCUGAUCAUCGCAAGGGGAGCGAUUGUGGCGCGCGCCUAAUGUCUUGGCGCGGUCCGGAAUGUCUGCCGUGGCGUCCGACCCGGGCCGAGCCGUGAAGAAAAGAAACACGAACAACACGUUGCACCAGGCGGCUACACUACACGUGUAAAUCGGAAUACAACAGCGUAGUAGCAGCGCGUCUUGACGCAUACCCUGUAUCCG